AUGUCUUUCCACUACUCCGCUGAGGAUAUCCGCGUCGACGACGGCCACAUCCUGCGUGCCCGUCUUCAGCGUGCCGAUGGCGAGUGGAACGACUCUGAGAUCGACCUCAAUCAGCACGUCGGCAACGAUAACGGCCACUUCUACUGGGAUGGCGAGAACUUCUCCGGUUCCGCUGAGAACAUCCACUUCACCAUCGAGGGUGACGGUUCCGUCCCUGUCCUUCGUGCGUCCCUUUGCGACCAGGAGGGCAACUACCAUGAGCGUGACCUCAACCUGUCCGAGCGCGUCUCCAACAACGAUGGCGACUUCAGCUACAACUAA